UCCAAGUAUUUCGUACACAUAAAGGCUUACAGGAUAUGUAGAUUGAUCACUCACCUAUCAGCUUUCACAACCUGCUUUUAGUCGAGAAAUGGUCGGAUUUCUCUUGCCGCUGUUACUGUUGGCUGGAAUCGCUAGUGCCAGUUCUGUCGUAAAUCGAGGCACGUUUGCAUCUCCAAAGACAGGUGUGAAGUGGCGUUAUUGGAUUGAAGAUGCGAGUGUCGACAUCGAUACACUUCGCUCGGACAUCGACGAAAUGGCACGACUAGGUUCAUCUGGAUUCGAACUCUUGAGCUAUCAGUCUUAUGGCUCAGUAUUAUCGUUCACCGGCCUUAUCACCAUCGAUCCCACAGACUUUGCAUUCGGCUCUGACCGUUUCGUCAAUGUCGCGGCUUCUGCGGUACAGGCUGCUAUGGACAAUAAUCUCACCAUCGACUUCGCCCUCGGUCCUGUCGAAGGCGCAGGGGUUCCAGUGCUUCCAGAAGAUGUCGACAUGGAAGGAAUGAAUACUGAGCUUGUGUUUGGCUCGCAUUUCCUGGCCGCUGGAGAAAGCUUUAACGGACCCAUUCCCCAACCCGAAAUAUUCCCCUUUCUACGUUUCGAUGACACUAUAGCUAGUGCAAAUAUCUCGCAAAUGCAGCUCGUUAGUGUCAUUGGGGCCCGAGUAGUGGAAGGAGCAAAUAUCAGCAGCACGCGAGUUUCGUUAGAUUUCAAUACAGUCCAGGACCUCACGAGCCAGGUUCAGCCUUCUGGCGACUCAAUGACGGUCUCAUGGACACCACCUUCGAAUGGGACAAACGUGAUUCUUUCCUAUUUUUCGCGUCGGAACGGAUAUCCUGAAGCUCGUCCUGGUUUCAAUGGUCCAGAGCCCGACAAACCUGGCUCAUGGGGAUCUUGGGCUGUUGACCAUUUCUCCGUCAAGGGUUUUAACAUCUCUGCGACGUUUAUAGAGAACAACCUUCUCUCGAAUGCAGACAUCGCAGAAAUGCUAGCACUUCCUGGAGUUGGACAGUAUAUGUGGGAAGAUAGCAUGGAAUAUCAGGCGCAACUAUUCUGGACAGACGCUUUUCCAGAACGGUUCUUGGAAAGGCAUGGAUACGAGGUCAACAUCACGCUUCCAGUGCUUCACACACUCCCUAGUAAUGCUCAGACGACGCCGAAUCAAACAUUUGACUAUGGCACUAGCUUUGAUUGGGAAAAAUUCACGGAGGAUUAUCAAGACACAUUGACCUCACUCUACAUUGAUUAUAUGGGGAAUUUCUCUGAAUGGGCGCGAUCUAUUGGGAUGUCGUUCUCUAACCAGCCGGCAUAUAACUUACAACUGGACACAGCGGCGAGUGCGGCUAUUCCAGACACUCCUGAAAUCGAAUCUUUUGGCGUGCCAACUAUCGAUGAGGCACGUCAACUUUCUGGAGGAGUCCAUCUGGGCAAUCGCACCAUAUUCUCUAGUGAAACCGGCGCUCGUGUCGAAGAAGCUAAUGUGAUCCGUAUGGUGGAGCUGUUACAGGAUGCGAAUGCUCAAUAUGCUGCUGGUGUAAAUGUUGUGAUGAUACAUGGCUUUCCGUAUUCAGGCAAUCAUGCGAACACAACUUGGCCAGGUAUUACUACUUUCGGGUAUUAUUUCGCUGAUAUGCAUGGGCCACGCAUGCCUGCUUGGGACUAUUACAAGGAAUAUCUGGAUUAUUUGGCUCGAACACAAUACGUUCUACAAGCCGGAGUCGCCAAAGUCGAUCUUGGCAUCUACCGGAAAGGAUAUAAUAUCGUCACCCCUCCCCCGUAUACAGGAACUUCCCUCCUCAUAAGCAGUGGAUACACAUAUGAAUAUGUCAGUCCAGAAAACCUCAAACUCCCAGGUGUGACAGUUUCCGACUCUCGCCUAGCACCUGCCGGACCUGCAUAUAAAGCAUUUAUCCUUGGGCGUCAGGAUAAUAUCACUGUCGAUGCGGCGCAGAGGCUUGUUGAUUAUGCCCAAAAUGGACUCCCGGUCAUCAUUGUAGGCGAUAUACCGAGUGAUAUACCGGGGUUUGAAAUGGGUAAUGUGUCGAUGGUGCAGGUUCAGUCGCUGAUGAGUCAGCUCACCGCGGAGGCUACUGUUGUCGUUGUCGAGGACGAGAGUGAUGUCCCGUCUGCUCUAGUUUCUUUAGGAGUCUUACCGGCUGUGGCGGCUGAUCCGCCUUCGGCGACAUUGUAUAGCGUCGUUCGGGAGGUAGAUAAUAAUGACUCCGAGACGAGAACUGUGUACUUCUUCCUUUUCAAUCAAGGCACUUCAGCGAUCAACUUCACGCUCACACUCAAUCCUGGUUUCGAAGGUUCACCGUUUGCCUUGGAUCCGUGGAGUGGCGAAGUCAUACCAGUCGUCCUCUAUUCCAAUUUAAGCUCUGGCAACAUUUCUAUCCCUGAAAUCUCACUUGCUCCCAGCCAAACGGCAUUGUUCGCUAUAACGUCAGGGGAUUCUCUAGAAGGUGUUCCUGUCGUGAACGGACAUCUUGUCUCUGGCGACCCCAAUGUCACAGCAGUUGCAUUGACUAAUUCGUCUCCUUGUAGUCAACAGUUCGAGUUGCGUUCUCAGGAUGAGGGAAUGAAGCAGUUCGUCACUGAAGCUGGCGAAUCAAUUUCCGCCAUUUUCUCACUCGAAAACGAAACGAGUCGAGUGUUAGAUGGAUGGCAAUUGAAUGUCACAGCGUGGACACCUCCUCAAAAUCUCAGUGACUAUAAAUCUGUCCUUAUCCCACAAUCUGCCAUUGAUCUCAUCCAGGGAUUGGUUCCUUGGAGCUCGAUUGACGGUCUUAACAAUAUCUCUGGUGUAGGAACAUACAGCACCUCGUUUGAGUGGAGUCAUGCAGACGACGGUGCAGUUGCGACCGCAGAUCCGACACAUCCAGUGGUUGAUAUAUCCAAGCUGGUAGUCAAUGGAACGAAUACGAUCAUAGUGGAUGUGGCGAGUACGUUGCUGAAUGCUGUCAAUGCGGUGCCCGAAGUUGAAUCUUUGGGACAAUUGCGCCUUUCGACCAACCCAACUCCCCCGCAAAAUCAACAGUAUGGAUUGAUAGCGAAUAUUACCCUUGUUCCCUAUGCUCGUGUUACAGUAUCAUUAUGAACAUCUUCAGAAAUCGAAUUUUAACUAUAUACACCAUAUCUCACCAUAUGUAGUUCAACAAUGACCUACUCUUUCUCUUCUAUAUUCAAAAGACCGUCACCUCUGGGGUGGUUCAAGCCCAUCUAUCUUUAGAUCGAUAGUUCGAUGUAAUUUGAGUUUAUUUUGAAAAUCUCUUUUGUACAUAGAGGUCUUCUUGAAAUUUCAUUGUCAAUCUCUUGAUCACUAUCCGCCACCAAAACCCAAAACUUCUUGACCUCUGAAUUCCCUUGAUUCCGCCACAAAAUUUCAUUGACCGCCGACUCAGAGGCAGCUCCCAAAAUCCUACCACUCUGAA